CAUCACAUUCAAUUGUACUAUUCUUAGCUUGUAGAAACAGCAUUACCUCAUCCUUUCCCCCUCGCGCAGGUAUAGCCAUACAACAACAAAUAAUGUUACAGUCGCAGACAGGACAAGGAACAGGACGAGAGUAGAAGUCAAGAAAGAGAGAGCGAGCUCUAUACUCUACUUAUUAUUAAUUAAGCAUAACAUAUAUUUUUGCAUUCUUAAUCCAUUUUCUUUGAGACCAUUCGGGUUGAUUAGAUCGAGUUAUUUGGUGUGCAAGUUGAUUUGUGCGAUAUUUCCAGUAUCUUCGUUUGGAGUGAAAAUCGUCGCUACACAAAGGACAGAGAUGGUGUUCCACAGGGAGAGAGAGAACGGCACACGCGAGCGUCCACCGCUGUCUCUCAUCCUACCGCAUCUUUACCUGGGUGCAGAGACGGACGUUACGCAGGAUUGCCUCGACGCCCGCGGGAUCUCAUACGUGCUAAGCGUGAGCCGCUUCAGCCCGCAGCCUACUUUCCUUCCCCGUUCCCAGUACCUUCGCAUCCCAAUCGAGGACUCUCUCCGAGACGACCUGCUGCCCCAUAUCCCGGAGGCACUGCGUUUUAUCGAUGGGGCUAUGUCAUCAGGUGGAUCUGUGGUAGUUCAUUGUGCUGCAGGAAUCUCUCGCUCCCCUGCCCUGGCUGUGGCCUACAUUAUGUACAACCUGGGGAUGGACCUUGACCAUGCCUACAGGUUUGUGAAAGAGCGCAGGCCUUCAAUCUCCCCAAACUUCAAUUUCCUGGGUCAGCUACAACACUUCCAAGGAACCCUCACUCAGAAAACCUGUAAUGGCAACCCCACUAUCCAGCCAAUCAGAUCACUGGACACAUGUCUGCAGCCAAGCAAUGAAAACAUUAGCGGCGGUUCCUCUGUCCCCCUGUCAGCCAAUCAGAUCAUGAAUAUUCACGACAAUGGCUAUGUUGCUAAGGACUUUUUAGAGGUUGCUAAAGUACAUAAUAUGUACAAUGAGAAUUCCACUUGUAACACAGAGAAUAUAGAGCAAAGGUCCUCAUAUUCAGGUGAAACUCAGAGUUUAUCAGAGAAGCCACAGCAAGACCAGAGGAGCGUGCUGUCUCUCUCCAGAAAACACAAAACGCUCACUCUCAACCUGAACCAUAACCGGAACCAGAGGGAGGCCCAGAGCCCAUGUGGAGCAAUGACUCCAAGCCCCAACGAACCAGCGACACCGACACCAAAUUCCAACACACCACAAAUCCCAACAGGCAUUGCAUCUCACUCUGAGAAGCGCAAGAGCCUCACCCUCUCCCUGUCUCUCGUUUGUGCAAUUCCCCCAACUCCCCACCAGAAUGAGCCAGAAAGCAGCAAUAGGCACAGCAUUAGCCACAAGCCAAUGCAGUCCAGCGUUUCUAACACCAUCCACAAGAGGGAGUCAGAAGGCACCAGUGGUUCAAAAAGUCACGGUAGAAAGCCUUCAACGAUGGCCCUUUCCUCCUCACAGACAGAUGUACAACAGAGAGAGAGGAGCACAUCCUGUGUCAAAGCAGCAGGUUGGCCCAAUCGCUACUCCUCCCAAACCCAGGCAAAGGUAGAGAGAGAGGGAAGAGGCCAGCCUAAAAGAGAGCCCAGCCGCUGUCGGAGCGUGAAGAAGGGGAGGCCUAAAUCGACUCCAAAGACAGGGAAGGACCACAGCAAGGGAAGAGCAGAGAGGGAGACACUAACAGGGAGCCUGAGCAGCAGUUCUGUUUUGAGCCAGCACAGUAUUGUAGUUGACCAGCAGGUGUCGCCAGCAGCUAAGCUGUCUGCAUCUGCAGUGAGGGCUGAGGAAAGAGUGGAUGCCGAACAGGGCCUCCUGUUUCCUCUCAACCUGACUGUCAACAAGCUUCUGGGCUGGGGGGAGAAGAUGCUGCUGGGGGUGCUGUUUGGCCCCCGGAUCAAAGUGGAACCGGCUAUUCUGCCCUAUAGGUGCUGAUGCAGUAAGAGACCGUUGGCGGGGACAGAGAGAGGGCUGAUAAAUGCCAGGAGAUUGAUUUUGUGUGUGUGUGUGUGUGUAUAUGUGUGUGUGUGUGUGUGUGUGUGUGUGUGUGUGUGUGUGUGUGUGUGUGUGUGUGUGUGUGUGUGUGUGUGUGUGUGUGUGUGUGUGUGUGUGUGUGUGUGUGUGUGUGUGUGUGAGAACAGAGAACUGAACUCCAUGUAUAAUAUUUGUCUGCCCAUACCAAGUUUACAGUCCUCUGAGUGAAUGCUUUGUCCUAUAAAUGCUCAUUUAUUGUUGACUUCCUUCAAAAGCACUAUGUAUAUUACAAAUAGGGCGGUUUAUGCCUCCAACACAAUGCUCAUGGAUUAAGGCUUGAUCAUGUUGAUUUUUAUUUAUUGAUUGAUGUGAAUUAAGUGAUCAGUUUAUUGUUGUUAUUUAUAAAAUGAAUAUUUUGAGGAUGG